CAUCUUGUCGGCGUCGUUAUCCACCGUCGGCAGACCUGCAUUUCAACGCCGCGCCUGAACUCGUUUUGCUAUAUAUAUCCCUGGGAUCCAGCCUCCCUUGAGAUGAAAGAUACUACCAUCUGAUAACCCAGGUGUCCCCUUCCUAGAAUCACAUUUUUUUCUCUUCUUCUUUAUUUCAGCCCUCCUACAACAUGAAAUACGCUACUAUCCUCACUGCACUUGCUGCAUCGGUGUCUGCUGCCCCCAGCGUCUCAGAGCGUGAUGCAGACGCCGCGCUAGUCCCUGACUUCCCGCGCGCCUACUACCACAGCAAGGACAGCAGCAACAGCGGCUCUGACAAUUGGGCUGGUGUUGUUCGCACAGCCAAUGUCAGCUUUGCACACGCUACUAUGAUCAUGCCGCUCAUUGUCCCGGGCCGCAAUGCGCCUACUGCUGCCGUCUCAGCGUGGGUGGGCAUUGAUGGCUCCCAGUGCGGCCGCGCUCUGCUGCAGACGGGCGUGGAUAUCUUGGCCAAUGGCAAAUUCUCACCUUGGGCUGAAUGGUACCCGGAUGACUUGAUUGAGUUUCAGGGUUUUGACAUUUCAGCCGGCGACAAGAUUGGCUUUACUGUUAUUGCGCACUCGCCUACUUCGGGAACUUGUAUCUUGGACAACUACACCACAAACAAGCAGGUCAAGCGUGAGUUUACUCAGGGACCGACGCGCCUGUGCUUGAUGGAGGCGGAUUGGAUUUUGGAGGAAUACGAUGAGAAUGGCCGCAAGGUGCCGCUGCUGGACUUUGGCAUGCUGGCUUUCCACAAUGUCAUGGCGGACGGACACAGCGGACAUGUUACAGCCGCAGGAGGUGAAAUCAUCGAUCUUGUUACUGAAGACCGCCGAAGUAAGACAAAGUGUGAGAUUCUAAAGGGUGAUGUGGAGUGUACAGCUAUUCUUCCCAUUUAGACGCUGGGUCUGGUGUGUAUAGAAGAUAGUCGGUCGUGGUGGUGAUGUGACUACAGUUUUUGUAUAUUUUUUUUUUGAAGGGAACGGCGUUUAUUAUUAUUAUUAGAGGCAUUACGUAUGCACAAGUAUAUUUUUAUAAAUAAAUAAAAAUCUGCAUCUUGUUUG